AAUGUUCAAAUAUUUUGAGAUGGUGUAGUUGGGAUUUUCUUUAGCUACAAACCAUAACUAUCCAAACUAUAAAAAGUAGAGCCAUCAAAUAUUUCACUUUCUGUGAUGAAUUGAAGAGGCUCACUUUUUCUCAUUUGAAAUGGUGCAGUGAAAUAUGAUGCAGCUUUCCAUGAAUUUGAGAAGCAGCUGAAUACACAACACGCAAACACACAGGUGGGUAAACGUACUGCCUCCACGUACAGUUUAUAUUUUCAAACAGACUACUCUUUUAUAAGAUGCUCAACUAAUUAUAGAAUAAACGGCAUUGUGGUGCAGGAUGUAAUGAAGCAUAAGGAAGGGAGAAUGCUGCCUUUGUUUUUCAUUGGACUGAUUUGGCUCUUGCAACUUUUUGGAAAGCUAAUAUCUGCAGAGGCCUGUUCGGGUUCCUCUCUGAAAGGAACGCUUUCAUAUUGGCUCAGAGCAUACAUAAUAUGUACUGGGAAGUGCGUUAUUACAGCUCCAGCUGCUAUGACAGGCGUAUUAUAUUGGAUAAAGUAGACGGGGACAUAUUGAUGAAAAAAAAUACUUGUUUCCCCUGAUUUACUGACUUAUGCGACCGCAAGCAUGUCAAAGUCGAAACAUGACAAAAGUGUCCUUUUCGGUCUUCCUCGUUAACGCAAACCGUUCGAAAGAGUGCAACUUUCUCCCUUCAUCGUCCCCCCCGAAACAAAGCCCUCGAGCCGAAUAAUGAGCAGUCAACACGAGGGGUGACCAGAGGGAGAACGAGAGUUGAAAUGAGGGUGACAAAAAAAGAGUGGGCGUCUCCUUGGCGACCGAGCCAAGCCAUGUGAAUCGCUUGGCCCGAGCUGCGAUUGAAUCCAAUGGCAGAAGCUUGAAGCUCAGCUUUGCUCCUUUGCGAGCAACAACAUGAGCGGCGCGCAAGAGGAGCGAGCGAUGACGGCUCACAGCCUUCAUCUGAACGCAACUUUGGACCUGCACGAUGAAGAGAUGAAAACGGCGCUUUUUGAAGUCAAAGUUUUUGACUUAGUCAUCAUUGCCUUGGCCUUGUGCAUCCUCUUCAUCGCGGCUGUCUACUGCAUCAGUGUGUGCUCCAACCGCAGCAGACAAUCAAAGAGAGCCCAAGUGUAUGAGAGUGCAGUGACCCAGGCUGAGCCGGAGGACCCUGUUGCAGUCAGGGCGGUAAAGAGGUCAACUAGUUUCAUCAACCCGCUGGCCUUUUUUCAUAGAUCAGGGAGAGCUAAAGACAACUCCAGAAUCUAUUACAUCUAUAGUAACCCACUGCCUGUUGGAGCCAAGGAGGAUGAAGAAGGCAAAGCCGAGGAAGUGACACUACCACCACUUCUGUCCAUUGAGGAGUACGCACAGGACCCUCACAGUGGAGUCAUCCUGGACCCACCGAUUUUUUACAUGCAGCUUUAGGGGACGGGAUGACGCCGCAUUACAUUCUUACACGUGUGAAAUCCAGAGUCCAAUUUACAAUUGUACUUGUCUCAGUGAUAAACAUGACAGCCGCAAAAACACGCUGGUAUUUUUGAGUCGCUGAAACGUUUUUGCAAUCCCGUAAUGACUUCAUCAACAGCCAAGACGAUGAUGGAUUUAGAACUCAAGUCUAUAAACCUUAAUGAAGGAAGUUUGAAACGUGUGGCUCUUACGAAUGACGCAGCUUGGAAACUAUACAUUGAUGCAGUUUUGGAGCUGGUCCAACACGUGUCAAAGGUCAGGACGUGCUUUUUGAGUUUAUUUUUCAUUCCCAACAUAAAACUGGAUCUUUGGAAGUACACGUGCAGUAAGAUAAUUAUUAUGAAAUAUGUGAAGUAUAUUGUCUAGUCUACAUUUACGUGAGACACUGAUUUGGUUGUACAUAUGGUGAAUGUGAAUAAAAUUAUAGCAUGUGUUACGCAUUA